GUGCUGUUGCUACAAAGAUCAUCAUCUGAUUCUUUAAAAAUCUGGUCAAGUUUGUUCGGCUGGUAACGUUUUUGGAUUAAAACAUAGACAGAAUCAUCAACGUGUGCCCGACAGGGCCUUUGAGUCAACCAUGUAUCACAACAGCUCUCAGAAGAAAUUCUGGACUUUUGACAAAGAGGAAACUUUAGAUAAAUUAAGGUUAGAAGCGAAUCAGAAGUUCUGCACUAAAGCCUCCUCCAGUGGUAAAGCCGGAAUCAAUGAAUCUAUGCUUCUCGACCAAUGGGAAGAGAAAGUGCUUUUGAGACACUAUGAGAAGAGACUGCUGGACUUUUGCAACAUGUUCAAGCCUGCAAUGCCAAAAUCUGUUGGGGGCACAGCAUUUAUGUACUUUCGAAGAUUCUAUUUGAACAACUCUUUAAUGGAGUAUCACCCUCGGAUAAUAAUGUUGACAUGUGCGUAUCUCUCUUGUAAAGUGGAUGAGUUUAAUGUUUCCUGCACUCAGUUUGUGGGAAACCUUCAGGAGAGCCCAGCAACACAGGAGAGGGCUUUAGAACAGAUUCUGGAGUAUGAGCUACUCCUUAUUCAGCAGCUUAAUUUUCAUCUGGUUGUUCACAAUCCUUAUCGUCCCUUAGAGGGCUUUCUGAUUGACCUGAAGACCAGAUACCCCUUAUUGGAGAACCCAGAGGUGCUAAGAAAGAGUGCUGAGGACUUUCUCAACAGAGCAGCAACGACGGAUGCUGGGCUCCUAUUUUCUCCAUCUCUGAUCGCCCUCACUGCUGUUCUGAACGGCGCUGCACAUGCUGGACUCGAGAUGGAGGCAUAUUUGACUGAAUGCAUGGGACUUAAUGGGGACAAAGAGACCCUCUCAAAGAUGUAUGAUUCCAUGAGGCGAAUCACAAGUCUUGUUAAAGCAUAUGAGCUUCCCAAAAUUGAAGAGGUCAAUGUCGGCAAACAGAAGCUGGAGAGCAUACAUGCAGAAUUUGCUACAAACUUGAAAAGAAAACAUGGAUAUGAAGAUGAUGACCACGUUGUGAAAAGGCAGAUGGUUACUGAGGAAGAAUGGACUGAUGAGGAUUUGGAUGAAUUGUGACAAUAAGCCUUUUCAGUAUGUUUUUAAAGCGGCAAGAACUAUGAAUUGUGGUUUUUGGAAACCUGUGCAUUAUUUCAUCAGUGUGGGUUCAGGAUGUAGUUUUUUUGUUGUUGGUAUUCUGGAUUGUAAAUAUUUCAUUAAAAUAAGUUGUACUGCCCUGUGAGACUUUCGCCCUUAUAACAAUAAAACAUUUUUUACUA